AUGUCAUCGUCGCACCCCAAUGCCGCGCUUGCAACAAGUCCCGCUACCACUACCCUCGACGUUUUGGCCAGAGAUCUCUCUACGUCCCUCUUUCGUGCCACACGCCACGGACUGUAUGACCACGUUGCGGUCCUGGCCCUACAUUGGGAAAACGAUGAUAUGGGGGUGGAGCGUAUGGAAGGAGAACUGCUUCGCCUGUUUGAAAGGACUUAUAGGUUCACCACCCAAUCCUAUGUGAUUCCACUGGUUACAACCCAGCUGACAGUUACGAAUUUUCUCGACGGGUGGCUCAGAGCUAAUCAGGGAGAGCGAGUCCUACGCAUCGUAAUAUACUCUGGCCAUGCAAGUGCAGGUGGUACAAGGAAUACCCAGUGGUAUUUAGCGGGCCGAGUUAAUCAUUAUGGCCAUCUGCACGGACCCAGAUUGGAAUGGUGGACGCUCCGAGGCACGUUGAAUGACAACUAUCCUGGAGAAACGUGCUACAUUUUCGAUUGCUGCUCCGGUGGAUCUCUAGCACUUGGAGACCACGGUGGGGGUGAGCUUCUCGCUUCUUGCGGGUGGGGGGGCUUUGCCACCGCGCAGCAGGCUUGGUCCUUGACGCAAGUCUUGCUUGACACCCUCCGUGAUCUGAAUGGCAGUCCUGCAACUCUCGCGCAGUUGUAUGGAAUAAUUUACCGUCGUGCGCACCAAAACCAAAUUGGAGCAAGCCCCGUGUACAUUCCACAUGAGAGUCUGCCAAGUGUGACUUUGGCUCCCCUCGGUCCGCAAAGGGCAAUGACCCGUCCUUCCACAGCACGGCAAUAUCCACAAGUCCUGCUCAGCGUGAGGGUCCGGGCUAAUAUGCCCCAUGAUAUUACUUUGUGGCAUGCGUGGUUGGAAUCGCACAUCCCUCCCGAUGUCUUCGACGCCAAUGUCACCGUUCAGGCAGCUUUUCAAGGAUCGUGUCUGCUCCUGCUCACUCUGCCUACUGAACUGUGGGGGAUGUUACCCCAUAACAAUGGAGCUUACACCUUUGUCGCUCAUGUAAAUUCCAACAUCCUGACCCGCUCUCAGCAGCCGACGACGAUGCCCUUCCGACCCAUGCAAUCCAUGGACCCCAACCUCCCUCCCGCAGGAGAAAACAGCCCUCCACGCGGUGUCCCCCGGGAUUCCUCCCCAGGGAAAAGGAACAUUUGA